AUGGCGGUGCUGGCCAAGAGCUCGAGAUGUGUGUUGAGACCGUUGCUGCCUUUGGUUCAGAUUUGGGACUUCGAUGCGCGGCGCUGGGUCCGGGCACUUCGACGAAGUCCUGUGAAAGUAAUGUUUCCAUCAGGAGAGGUGUUGGAGCGGAGGCGUCUUCCCAGGAAACAGCCCCACGAGUUAGCGUCCGAGGCCAAGUCCCAGGGGCAGAAACCUAAACCAUCGCCUCAGAUGUCCUCAUCCCAGACACCUCGUUCCUGGGAAGAGACAGGGCUGCGCUACGAUAAGGCCUAUCCCGGCGACAAGAGGCUGAGUAAUGUGAUGACAAUAGUUAAGUCCAGACCAUUUCGGGAAAAGCAUGGCAAGAUCCUGCUGGAAGGUCACAGGCUGAUUGUCGAUGCUCUCAAGGCUGGAGCUGUGCCCAGCGUUUUCUUUUUUAGCCGUCUGGAAUACAUCAAGGAGUUGCCAGUCGAUAAGCUGAAGGGUGUCAGCCUCAUUAAGGUGAAAUUUGACGAUAUCAAGGAUUGGUCCGAUGUAGUAGCACCACAAGGAAUAAUGGGGAUUUUUGCCAAACCUGACCAUGUUAAGAUGACAUAUCCAGAGACACAGGUUCACAACUCAGUGCCAUUAUUGUUGAUUUGUGACAAUCUCCGUGACCCUGGGAACCUGGGGACAAUUCUGAGAUCUGCAGCAGGGGCAGGCUGCAGCAAAGUAUUGCUUACAAAAGGCUGUGUGGAUGCCUGGGAGCCAAAAGUGCUGCGGGCAGGCAUGGGGGCCCAUUUCCAGGUACCCAUUAUCAACAAUCUAGAAUGGGAAACAGUGCCCAAUUACUUGCCCCCAGACACUCGAGUCUAUGUGGCAGACAACUGUGGGCUCUAUGCCCAGGCGCAAAUAUCUAAUAAAGCUAGUGACCACAACAAAGGGGCUGAUCGGCGAUUCCUGAAAUUUCACAAGUAUGAAGAGAAGGAUGUAGACACUGGAAGUGAUAAAGACUGGCUCCCUGAACUGGAGGUCCAGAAUUAUGACAUGGACUGGACAGAAGCUCCAGCAGCUGUGGUGAUAGGUGGGGAGACCCACGGUGUGAGUCUGGAGUCUCUCCAGUUGGCUGAAAGCACGGGGGGCAAGAGGCUGCUGAUUCCUGUCACACCUGGAGUGGAUAGCUUGAACUCAGCCAUGGCUGCGAGCAUCCUGCUUUUUGAGGCGAAAAGGCAGCUGCGGAUAAGGGCAAGAACUCAUGAGUAGGAAUAGGAGUUUCCACUGAGGGGCUUAGAAGUUCUCAGAUAAAGGAUGCCUCCAUCUCCUGCUUCCCCAUAUGCCUGAGGAGGCCAGCAGAGUUGGAAACUGGCUUCCUGGGCCACAUAGGGGGUGGUGGGAUGGAGGCAUUGCUGCCAUUAUACAAUGAAUGGGAAAAAUAAGAAUUUCUAGUAGUUUCUGCCUUUCCUCAUAAGAUCACAUUUUUUAAAAAAAUUUUUAUUUUUUUGUGCUGGUACUGGGGCUUGAACUCGGGGCUUUUGACUUGUGAUUUGGCUUGGCUUCCUUGACCAAGGUUUGUGCUCUACCAUUUGUACCAUACCUCUACUUCUCUUAUUGACAAUGGAAGAGUCUGAUAGACCCA